AUGACAACAAACAGUGGAACUAUAAAGCUAGCAACUGAAGUUCCAGAAACGCCAGAGGAUGAGGUUCCAAAAGAAAACUUUAUUACCAGGACACCAGUGUGGUCAAGAAGACGGCCUGUAUUAUCUCAAACAUAUGAGAGAUCUGAUGCAAUGAAUACAAUUUCUUCUAGUUAUAAGAAUGUAAAUAAAAAAAAAAGAAGAUGUGGAAAAUCUUAA